CUCCAAACUAACAUGGCAGUCAGACUGUGUGAUGUGGCUUCUCUGCUUAGAAGUGGUUCGUGGGCAGCAGAGCCUUGGACUGGGCAGGUAAUUGCUGCCAUGGAAACACAACUGUCUAAUGGACCAACUUGCAAUAACACAGCUCAUGGUUCAACCACCAUAAAUAAUUGCUCAUCACCAGUUGAUUCUGGGAACACAGAAGACAGCAAGACCAAUUUAAUAGUCAACUACCUUCCACAGAACAUGACACAAGAAGAACUCAAAAGUCUGUUUGGCAGCAUUGGUGACAUAGAAUCCUGUAAGCUUGUCAGGGACAAAAUAACAGGACAGAGCUUGGGUUAUGGUUUUGUGAACUACGUUGACCCCAAGGAUGCUGAAAAAGCUAUCAACACUCUGAAUGGAUUGAGACUUCAAACUAAAACCAUAAAAGUUUCCUAUGCACGACCAAGUUCAGCUUCUAUCAGAGAUGCAAAUUUGUACGUUAGUGGACUUCCAAAAACAAUGACUCAGAAAGAACUGGAACAGCUCUUUUCCCAAUACGGUCGCAUUAUUACUUCUCGUAUUCUGGUUGACCAAGUCACUGGGGUAUCAAGGGGUGUGGGGUUCAUCCGGUUUGACAAGCGAAUUGAAGCAGAAGAAGCAAUCAAGGGCUUGAAUGGCCAGAAACCUCCAGGUGCCACAGAGCCCAUCACUGUAAAGUUUGCUAACAAUCCAAGCCAAAAAACCAACCAGGCCAUCCUUUCCCAGCUGUACCAUUCUCCAAACAGAAGAUACCCUGCACCUUUAGCUCAGCAGGCUCAACGUUUCAGGUUGGACAAUCUGCUCAACAUGGCUUAUGGAGUAAAGAGGUUUCCUCCAAUGACAAUUGAUGGAAUGACCAGUUUGGCUGGAAUUAAUAUCCCUGGACAUGCAGGAACUGGAUGGUGCAUUUUUGUGUACAACUUGGCCCCUGAUGCUGAUGAGAGUAUCCUCUGGCAAAUGUUUGGACCCUUUGGAGCAGUAACCAAUGUGAAGGUCAUCCGUGACUUUAACACCAACAAGUGCAAAGGAUUUGGAUUUGUGACUAUGACAAACUAUGAUGAGGCAGCAAUGGCAAUAGCCAGCCUGAACGGAUACCGCCUUGGGGACAGAGUACUGCAGGUCUCCUUCAAAACAAACAAAACGCACAAAGCCUAACAAGUUAUUCUCAGUGCAUUAAUACAUGAAAACUAUACAACAAAGGCAAUUUACAAGAAGCUUUGUGCAUUAGUAAAUGCCUUUGUUGUAUGCCAGUGUGGAAAUGGGGAUAAAAUGACUACUUAGCAUCCUAAGAAUACGUGAGAUUUUUUUAUUGCUAAUAUUUGAAUUCAAACUUCUUAAAUAUCUUUUGUGUUUGAAUACUGACAAGAGGUACAGGGUUUUUACCUGUCACGAUGCAUAUUCUAUUACCUUCUUUGAAGAAGGUGGACCUUUUAAAAUGUUUCAGCUAAGGGAAGAAGUUUUUUCUUUUUACUUGACUGCCUUUAAGCUAUGAGUAAAUACUGAGGCUUUGUGUUAUACUUUUCAAGUUGUUUUUUUAUGUUACUUGAUUUGCCUUGUGUUUAAUUUACACUUUACCGCAUUGUUCUUUUGUUGUUCAAGGAAAGUAUUUGAAGUUUACAUUUUAUUUAUAAAGUUAUAAGCAGUAUUUAUUUUAUAAUUAUCAUUUGGGUUGGGGAAUGGGAACAUAUUAUAAAAGCUUAUUGUAAGAAUACUGGAAAACUUUUCAUAAAGCAGUACCUUGCCAAAGAGAUAAGAGCCUCUUUGAUGUGGGUUUAAAAAAGCAUCUAUUUUUA